UGGGGUCAACUGGACUAUUUAGUAAUUGACAUGCCGCCUGGGACUGGAGAUGUACAGCUGUCAAUAUCACAGAAUAUUCCAAUUGCUGGAGCUGUAAUCAUCUCCACUCCACAAGACGUGGCUUUAUUGGAUGCACGCAAAGGAGCUGAAAUGUUUAGAAAAGUCCAUGUACCUGUCUUAGGACUGGUUCAAAAUAUGAGUGUUUUCCAGUGUCCCAAAUGUAAGCAUGAGACACAUAUUUUUGGAGCUGAUGGUGCAAGAGAUCUAGCAAAAGCUCUUCAAUUAGAUGUUUUGGGAGACAUUCCACUGCAGGUCAAUAUACGGGAGACGUGUGAUUCGGGACAGCCUGUUGUGAUCUCGCAGCCUCAAAGUGAUGCUGCUAAAGCCUAUCUGAAGAUAGCUAAGGAAAUAGUAAGAAGACUGCCAGUACCUCCUGCUUGA